AUGGGUAGUCUGAUGCGCUAUAAGGAAACCAGGAGGGAAUGGCAAGAUGUUUUGGAUAGUAAGAUAUGGGAUCUACAAGAGGUUGAGCAACAGGUUUUCCAACCACUAUUACUUAGUUAUUAUGACUUGGCACCUGCGAUCAGACGUUGUCUUUUAUAUUGUGCUAUUUUUCCAAAAGAUUAUGAAUUCAACAAGGACCGUUUGGUUGAGCUGUGGAUGUCACAAGAUUUUCUGAAUUUGAAAGGAAACAAAGAAAGAAAGUAA